AUGGAUGAAGGUGGUAAUGAGAUGGUGGAUGAAAUAAACAUGUACUAUGACUGUAGGUACAUCUCUGCGUGCGAGGCAGUAUGGAGGUUGUUUAGUUUUGAAGUUCAGUACAGGACUCCACCGGUUGAGCGACUAAGCUUUCACUUGCCUGACUGCCAAUCAGUCGUGUUCCAAGACGAUGAUACCAUUGAUCAUGUCUUGAAUAGAGAGACCGUUGGGCAAAGUAUGUUUAAUGCAUGGUUUGUAGCGAACCAGAAGUUUAAAGAAGCGAGCUUAUUAACUUACAUUGAGAUGCCUACAAAAUUUGUGUGGAAAAAGGACAUCCGUGAAUGGCAUCCAAGAAAGAAGGGUUUCUCAAUUGGUCGGAUAUUCUAUUUGAAAGAAGAUGCUGAAGUGCUUUCUGCCAAACUAACCGAAGAACAAAGUGUCAUCUAUCAUACGGUUAUAAAAGACAUUGCAGACGGUAAAGGUGGCUUAUUUUUUGUUUAUGGCUACGGUGGAACAGGAAAGACUUUCUUGUGGAGAGCGUUGUCAGCUGCAAUCCGAUGCAAAGGUCAGAUCGUUUUAAAUGUGGCAUCAAGUGGCAUAGCUUCUCUGUUGUUACCAGGUGGCCGAACUGCUCACUCAAGAUUUGCAAUACCUAUUGCAAUAAAUGAAGACUCAACCUGUAACAUUAAGCAAGGUAGCGACCUGGCUGAAUUGUUGAUAAAGACGAGUUUGAUAAUAUGGGAUGAAGCUCCCAUGAUGCACAAACAUUGUUUUGAAGCAUUAGACCGAACUAUGAUGGAUUUAUUGCAUUUUGUAGACCCGUGUAGUGAAAUGAAGACGUUUGGUGGUAAAACUGUGGUUUUGGGUGGAGAUUUCCGCCAAAUUCUCCCGGUAGUUCCAAAAGGUACACGGCAAGAUAUUGUUUCUUCAGCCAUAAAUUCAUCAUGCCUAUGGGAUAGUUGCAAAGUUUUAAGGUUGACACAAAACUUAAGACUAAGUUCGGUACCCAACGGUGGAAAUCGGCAGGCAUUACAAGAAUUUGCCGAUUGGAUUGCUAAUGUCGGUGAUGGAAAGCUGGGUGGGCGGAAUGAUGGUUACGCAGAGGUUGAAAUUCCAAAACACAUGUUAUUGUCAUCCGGAGCGGACGAUAUUAAAACAAUUGUGCACAGUACAUUUCCUAUGUUUGCAAAUGGAAACACUGACCCCGAGCAUCUGCUAGGUCGUGCUAUAUUAGCACCAACGCUCGAUGUGGUCAAUGCAGUAAAUGACUAUAUGACUGAGUUGCAUAAUGCCGAAAGCAGGUCGUACUUUAGUUCAGACGCAGUAUGCAAAGCUGACGGCGACAACGGUAUAUUUGGAGAUGUACACACACCGGAAUUUCUAAACAGCAUUAGGGUUUCAGGUCUACCGAAUCAUACAUUAACUUUGAAAAUAGGUUCACCGGUAAUGUUAAUGAGAAAUAUUGACCAUUCUCUUGGUUUGUGCAAUGGGACUCGGUUGAUAAUCACAAAACUAGCAGACCAUGUUAUUGAAGGCGAGAUUCUGUCUGGACCUAACAAAGGUACAAAAGUGUUGAUCCCUCGAAUGUCAAUGUCACCCUCUGAUCCAAGAUUGCCGUUCAAAUUUCAACGAAGGCAAUUUCCAAUUAUGCUUUCAUAUGCAAUGACCAUUAACAAAAGUCAAGGACAAACGUUGUCUCAUGUUGGUUUAAUACUAAAGAAACCGGUUUUUGUACACGGUCAGUUGUACGUAGCUGCAUCUCGGGUUAACAAUCCUGACGGUCUCAAAAUAUUGAUAGUCAAAGACCCAAGUUCAACUACUAUAUCAACCACUAAUGUUGUAUAUCAUGAAGUUUUCAAUAAUUUGUAA